AGAAAAUAUAAAGGUUUAUGAACGUUUAUGACUUAAAUGAAAUUGUUUUUAACUAAUAAAUUAAUUGGUAAUCAGUUCAUUAAUUAGCAGCUAGUAAUUAACCAACAUUUUUUUAAAUUAAUUGUAGUUUAAACUCCUGGUACUCAUCAAUCGAUUGCAAAUUGUUUGUGAAUUCUGGUGAAUUCAGAAUAUGCAAAGGAAAAUGUUUGUGAAUGCUUAAUUUUUUAGGAAAAGCGAAAAAUAUAUUAAUUUUUUCAGUGCCCUCUAGUGUAAUCAUAAACAAUCUUUUAAAGAAAUGCCAAAAAAUGGACAAAAAUAACAAGUAAAUAAACAUAAAGGCCAAUAAGUUAUAUUUUUGCAGGAAGAAAUGUCCAGUUCAAAAGUGAAAAUUGAGUUGUUUGAUGAUAAUUACAAUACUGACGAGACAUGGCAUUUUUCUAGUAAAGAAAGUAAUAAAAAUGAGCUUGUAAGUUUAAGUAAUAUAAAAGAAGAAACCAAUAUCAAAAAGGAAGUAGAAGAUAAUAUUUUGGUAAAUGAAAUUGAGCAUAUUGAUGAUAUAAUAAAAGCAGAAACUAUUAUAAAGAAGGAAGUAGAAGAUAAUAUAUUGAUAGAUGAAGUUGAGCGUAUUGAUGAUAUAAUAAAAGCAGAAACUAUUAUAAAGAAGGAAGUAGAAGAUAAUAUAUUGAUAGAUGAAGUUGAGCGUAUUGAUGUUAUAAUAAAAGAAGAAGAAAUCUCCAUAAAAAAAGAAAUACCAGACAAUAUUUCUGAAGAUGAAGUUGAGCUUAAUGUAAACAAUAACAGAACUUCAGAUUUAACUAAUUUUUCCUGUGUUAAGUCAGAGAAAUUAAAAUGUAAAUUAUGUCCACAAUUUUACACUUCAAAAUUAGACUUGAGUAAUCAUAUGAAAGUUCACAAUAAUGGGAGAACUUAUAAUUGUGAGUUAUGUGGAAGAAACUUUAUAUCUAAACAGAACUAUAUUCAUCAUGUUAAAACUCAUACAACAGAAAAUUUAAAUAAAUGCACAGAUAUUGAUGACACCUGUGGACAGACAUUUACUCAUACAAGAGAAAAUUCAAGUAAAUCCACAAAAGAAGGUGAUUCCUAUGAACAGACACUAGCUCCAACGGGUGAUUUAAAGCUUCAUAGAAGCGAACGUCCAUUUAAAUGUCCGAUUUGCAGCAAAUGCUUCAUCAAAAAAGAGGACUUGACCAGUCACGAUCGUGUCCAUACCGAAGAAAAACCAUAUGAGUGUCAAUUGUGUCAGAAAAGCUUUUCUAUAAAGUACUAUCUUAAUCGACAUAUACGUCGUCAUACAAAGGAAGCUCCUAAACCGUUUGAGUGUGAAAUAUGUCCCAAAAGGUUUUCCAUAAAAUACUAUCUCGAACGACAUAUGCAUGUUCAUACGAAGGAAAAACCGUACGAGUGUGAAAUAUGCGAGAAAAAGUUUUCCCUAAAACACGAUCUUGCUCGACAUAUACGUGUUCAUACCAAUGAAAAACCCUACAAGUGUCAAAUGUGCGAGAAAAAGUUUUCCCUAAAACACGAUCUUGCUCGACAUAUACGUGUUCAUACCAAUGAAAAACCCUACAAGUGUCAAAUGUGCGAGAAAAGGUUUUCCCAAAAACACCAUAUUCCUGCACAUAUGCGCUUUCAUACGGGGAAAAACCCGUAUGAAUGUAACAUUUGUUCGCGAAGUUUUUUACAAAGAUUCCAUCUUAAGAAACAUAUGCUCACGCAUAUAUCUAACUAAUACACAUGAAGAUGUUAAGCAUUUUUUUUAUGUUAAUAAGCUGUUUUAUUUGUAUUCUUUUUAUUAAUAAUAAUAUUCUAGAAAAAUUAAAUAGAUUUCUGAGGAACUAAACUAAGCAAACACUGUUCUGUUCUAUGAAUGGCAGCUUUUAAGGUGCCGAAACGUAUUUUAGUUUUUUAUGAAACGUAUUUGUAGAAUAUGAAGGAAUAUAUUGUUUAAAUUCUUAUUUUGUUUUUUAAAUAAUGUAUUGUUUCUGUAAUUUUUUUAAUAAACAUAUUA